AUGGAGGCGAAAGGAGGCACGAGAGUUACUGCAGAAAGGUUGUGGAAAAUGGCUGUGGCCUACCAAGAGGGCUUUACAAGUACCCCUAUAGGAGCUAGUCUCCAAGAGAGAGGGAGCUGGGUUUCUGUUCAAUAUUGGAGAUGUUGGGAUCAUCGUAUCCAAAAGGGUCUCUUCUGUAUGAAGGGCGAAUGGGGGUGCAAACAUAUCUCUUCGGCAUGGUAUGAAGGACUGGAUCUAAAGGGAUAUGGUUCCUUGAAGGGUCCAGGCCUAAAGGCCCCCUUGUCGAUGUUCCCGGGCCCUGAGUUACCAAUUGGGAAAGAUUUGGAGAGUGGAUUCAGACUUCCAUGGCCACUCCCCCACUCUCUCUUCCAUGCAUGGCUUCUUCUCUUCAUCACCGUACAUCUUGUGCCAUCGGCACUAGCCGCUCGGUCCACUUAUAUUGUCCAUAUGGACAAAUCAGCCAUGCCCAAAGCAUAUGCCAAUCACCACCAUUGGUAUUUGGCCACCAUCAAAUCUCUGAGUCCCGCUACUGCAGGGGAUAAUGAAUUGAGGCUUGUCUACGUAUAUGGUAAUGCCAUCAAUGGUUUCAGCGCCGUCCUCUCUCCUGAGGAAUUACAAGCUCUCAAGCAAUCACCAGGCUUUGUAUCUGCAUACAAAGACUCGACAGUCACAAUGGACACAACCCACACAUACGAAUUCCUCUCUCUCAAUCCGUACGUCGGGCUAUGGCCUGCAUCUAAUUACGGCAAAGAUGUCAUUGUUGGUGUGAUCGACACUGGUGUUUGGCCAGAAAGCGAUAGCUUCAACGAUUUGGGUAUGACCGAAAUUCCAGCAAGGUGGAAGGGAGAAUGCGAGCCAGGAGAAGCCUUCAAUACUUCCAUGUGCAACCGUAAGCUCAUCGGCGCACGCUACUUCAACAAGGGCUUGGUGGCAAACCAGCCUGGUCUAAACAUCUCCAUGAACUCAACGAGAGACACAUAUGGGCAUGGGACCCACACAUCAUCAACGGUUGCUGGGAACUACGUUCCAGGUGCAUCGUAUUUUGGUUAUGCCAAGGGAACUGCAACUGGUGUUGCUCCUCGUGCUAGGGUGGCCAUGUAUAAGGUCCUCUGGGAUGAAGGAGGCUACAAGUCGGACAUCCUCGCAGGAAUGGACCAAGCGAUCGCGGACGGAGUGGACGUGAUAUCAAUCUCGAUGGGCAUUAAUGAGACCCCCAUGUAUGAAGAUCCUAUCGCCAUUGGGUCAUUCGCAGCCAUGGAGAAGGGUAUACUAGUCUCAUCUUCGGCAGGCAACGACGGGCCAUUCCUUGAAUCCCUACACAACGGAAUUCCAUGGCAAUUGACUGUUGGCGCUGGCAGCAUUGACAGGAAAUUCGUCGGAACGUUGACUCUAGGCAAUGGGUUGACCAUCAUUGGUCAAACUCUUUUUCCCGCCAAUGCAUGGGUGGUGGAUAUGCCAUUAAUCUACAACGAGACCUUCAAUGCAUGCAAUUCGUCGUCAUUGUUGUCACAAGCCGAAGGAUCCAUUGUCGUGUGUGAAAACAACGGUUCGGUCUUCGAACAAAUGCAUGCGGUUUCUCAUUCAAACCUCACCGGAGCUAUAUUCAUAUCCGACGAAGAUGACCUUGAAUUCGCAUCUUUUUCAUUCCCAGGAAUCAUAAUUAACUCGACCGACGGCAAUAAACUAAUAUCAUACGUGGAGAAUGGCAAUAAUCCAACGGUAUCAUUGAAAUUCCAACAGACCAUUGUUGGGACGAAACCUGCGCCGUUCGUCGCCGAAUAUACUUCUAGAGGUCCUUCAUGGAGUUGUCCUAGUGUAUUGAAACCAGAUAUCCUCGCCCCUGGUUCAAGAGUGUUGGCAGCUUGGAUACCGAAUGCACCAGUGGCACGUAUUGGGUCCGGUUUGAUCUUGUCGAGUGACUUCAACAUCAUCUCUGGGACAUCCAUGGCUUGCCCACAUGCAUCUGGAGUGGCUGCAUUGUUGAAGGGGGCCCACCCUGAUUGGAGCCCAGCUGCAAUCCGAUCGGCCAUGAUGACCACAGCAAAUCCUUAUGAUAACACUCACAAUCCUAUCUUGGACAGUGGGAAUGAUUACAGACCAGCCACUCCGCUCGACAUGGGGUCUGGCCACAUUGACCCUAACAAGGCGCUGGACCCUGGUCUUGUCUACGACGCGGAUGCACAAGACUACAUUAAUCUCCUUUGCAAAAUGAAUUACACCGAUGAGCAGAUCUUAACAAUCACUAGAACUUCUUACCAAUGCUCGAAACCAUCAUCUGAUCUCAAUUACCCAUCGUUCAUUGCUUGGUUUGGGAACGUUUCUUCACAGAUCCGACACUUUCAAAGGACGGUGACCAAUGUAGGAGACGGUGCAUCAACUUACAAGGCUGAGUUGACGGUCCAGGAAAAAAGGUUCUUUGUUAGUGUCCAGCCUGAUACACUUGUGUUUCGAAACAAGUAUGAGAAGCUAAGCUUUAAUUUGACUGUCCAGAACAGUCCAGAGAGGGGAGAGGUAGUUUCAUAUGGAUUUCUUACAUGGGCAGAUGAUGGGAAGAAGCAUACAGUGAGGAGUCCUAUAGUGGUUGUUUAAGAUCAUUCGACGAGGUUGAGUAGGAUUUGGAAUCAUCACCAAUAAACAUUUCUUGUUUUGGAUUUGUAUGUCUUCUUUUUUUCUUUUUUUCUUUUUUUGGAAAGAUUGGAGCACACCUGAAAUAAAAAAAGGUGUACUAUAGUUCUUUCCUUUGAAUAAAGAGAUGCCCUUGUUAUAAAAGACUUCAUCAGGAUUUGAUGGGUUUUGGUAAAAAUAAAAAUAGUAUGGUCUUAAGAGUCAAUCCUAUAACCUAUUCCUCCAUCGAGGUUACCUUUAAUGACUACUCUAACUGCUUAUUUUUUGUUAAUAGUCGAUAAAUUAAUUUAUUAAUUUGAUUAAUUUGAUUCACAUAGGUCUCAAAAAAUCAGGGUCAUUACAACAUCAACUUGCAUUCUCAAGGCAUCCAUAUCAUAAUUAACGAAAAGUAAAUUCUUAUUCCAUUACGAAUUUUACUGCUGUUUCUAUCACAUGGUCCUUAAACAAACCAAAUAAAGUUCAAGUUUUUUUUUUUUUUUAAAGGAAAAUAGUAUAUCACUAAAACACGAGGGGAUUUGCAAAGUUUUCGGGUGGGCAUCACAAAAUGGCCGAUGCCUCACCUAUCAUGUAGUGAG